AAAGAAAGCUGCCAAACUAAUUUUAUCCAGUUUUUGACUUCUCAGAAUUACUUCGUCUGAUUUCAGUCAAAACGUUAAAAAUCAGCUUGGAAAGCAAAUACUUUGCUCCUUACUUCUUCUGAAAACUACUUACCUUCUUUUUGCCAAACACCCUCUUAGAGAAAUUUAAUGCUAGUAGAAUUUUAAGCAAACCUGUCUCGAAAACAAGUUAGGAUCGAUCUCUUGAUAGGAACACGUUCGGCUCGCCACCAACGACAACGAAAUGGUUAUGUGUCCCACCCACCCCGCUAUUAAAUUCUACUAGGAUUUGGCUAUAUUUGUCAAAAUGGUGGAUGGAAAAACUAAAGGAUGACGAAUUUCUUUCCCUCCUCCGCCCCCUGGUACUCUAUUUGAUCACAAACGACUCCAUCGUUGCACUGCAGCAGCUUAACUAUCACAAAUCCUCCUGAGUCCGAGUCUUCUGGUAUCAGAAUCAAAAUGGCGCAAAGAGUAUUUUUCUUAUAAAGUUCAAUGAAGGCUGUUCAGCCAAUAAUACAUCAAUACAACUCAUUUCAAGUUUGAGAACAGGCGAAAAGGUGUGGUGAUUUAUGUGCCUAGACUUUACUUGCAGGUCUUAGGUUGGAGUGGAAUCAGUUGUAUAAUUUGACCCUAUUCAAUGGAUACAAAGUUUCAAACUUAACUGAGUGCUUCUAUCUAUUAGAAAUGAAGAGAUUAAAGUCUUCAGAUGAUGAUCUUGAUUACGUUUAUGGGAGUGAUGAAGGAAGAGUUAGAGAUAGGAGAAGAAGGGAUCAGGAUCUUGGUCGGUCGUCAUCGCUUAGAAAAUCGUCAUCGCUCAGAAAACUUUAUGAUAAUGGACGAAAAGGAUUAUCAUCUUCUUCCUCAAAGAGUAGGUCUAUAGAUGAUGGACACAAAGUUUCUAGAUCUUUUAAAGAACGAACAAAUCAUGAUUCUGAUGGUUCCAACCAUACUAGCAGUAAAAAGAACUUUGAUAGAUACGGAAAUUAUAGUGAUAGAGAUAAUGAGAGAGACAGAUAUAGAGGAUUUCCAGUUUCUUCACCUGAAAAUGCGUGUGCUGGCGGAGAUCGUUCUCAUUCUCAUCGAUCAGAUAGUAUUUUUGGGUUUACAAGUGACUAUCCAAAAGGAAUUAGGUCAAAAAGAAAUCGAUUACGGAUAGAAGGAGGCGUUUCAUCUAGACAAGAAGAAACCAAUGUCCUUUCAUGGCGAAGAUCAAAUGUAAACAAAGAUUCUGAUGCAGUUCCAAGACAUUCUUCAGAUUCGAGUAGAGGAACUAAAAACAGUCAGAUUGCUUCCGAAGAUAGAGUAAAUGUGAAUUGUGAGAAGGGAUUGUCAAUAGAUGUUGUUGAAUGUCCGCAGGGUUCGUUGAGAGAUGUUGUUAAAUCUCCAAAGGGAUCGUCGAGAGAUGUUAUUAAAUCUCCACGAGGAUCGUCGGCAAAUGCUGUUAAUUCUCCGAAGGGAUCGUCGAGAGAUGUUACUAAAUCUCUGCAGGGAUCAUCGGAAAAUGCUGUUAAAUCUCCGCAGGGGUCGCUGACAGUUGUUGUUAAAUCUCCACUGGGAUCAUCAACAAAUGUUGUUAAAUCUCCACAUAAAACGUUGAGAGAUGUUAUUAAAUCUCCGCAGGGAUCGUCUGCAAAUGCUGUUAAAUCUCCGCAGGGGUCGUUGGCCGAUGCUGUUAAAUCUCCACGGGGGUCAUUGAAAAUUGUUUUUAGAUCUCCACUGAGAUCAUCGACAAAUGUUGUUAAUUCUCCACGGGGAUCAUCAACGAAUGUUGUUAAGUCUCCUCCAAGGUUGAAAGAAUCAAGUUGUGAGCAACCAAAGGGUGUGGAAAUGAAGAAGAAUGAUGAAGUACGGAGUGAGAGUGGUAAUAGCAGUGAAAGGGAGGAGGGGGAGCUGGAACCUAUACCUGAAAGUGAAUCCAUAAAAAAGCCUAAACCCCCUGAACCAGAACAAAAACUAAUACCUAGAUGUAUACCUGGGAUUCUUGUCGCAGAUAACUCCAAGAACCAGAUUGAUCCAGAGAUAACAGACUCAGAAUCUACGUUGGGAGAUAUGUCAGAAGGCACCAGUGAUGUUAACUUAAAGGAAGAAAUUCCAGGGUUGUUUACAUGGCCUUGUACUGUGAGGGAAAUAGGUGUGUUACCUUAUUCUGAUAGCAAUUCUCAUUCUGUUAACGGAAUUGGUGGGAGUAGAGAAGAAGACGAAGAAAAAGCAGUUGAGUUGGAAGGAAGUGUGAUCCCAGAAAUUGAGUGUGAACCCACAGCAAAUGAAAAACUUAAAAACCCGGGUAAUGAGAUAGAAAAUGAAGGUGAAAGUACGAUGAAAUUGUUGCCGUUUAAGGAACUACAAAGUGUGGGGACAAUCGUUGAUCUAGAAAUCAAGGCUGAGGAGGUGAAUUUGGUCGGUUCAGUUAACGAAGCUGCAGUGGAAAACAGAGCGCCUGAUGUAACACUGAUGCUCAUAAACGACACCAUUGACAAAGGUAAGAGUUUGGCAGUUUCUCCUUCAGUUGAAGCUACUAAUAUUCAUAGAGUUGGUCGGUGGAUGGAAAGGGAUUUGCUGUCUUCCAGAGGUGAUGCUGUGGAGGGACCAAGUAGUAGGGGUUUUGAGCUGUUCCCCAGCCCUCUUGUUAAUAAACAUAUAAAUGAGAAGCUGAAAAGUGAGCCACUUGAGCUUUGCUUAGGGUUGCCUAGUGUUUCAUUACCACUGGCGCCCGUUGAUCCAAUCCCACAUUCUAGUUUGCCUAGUUAUCCAAGGAAUGCUCAAUCUUUUCCAACCACAUUACAUCAAAGCUCUGAUGCAUUUACAACAUCAAUUUCCAUUUCUGGUUCUCAGACGUUUCUUCACAAUCCAAGCUUUUCAAUGACCCAUAAUUCCCUUGACUAUGAACAAUCUGUUGGAAGCCAUCCUAUCUUUCAAAGGGUUGAUCAGGCUUCUCCCAGCACAUGGCGGGAACAGUUUUUAUUUGAUCCUAAACGAGAGGAAGUUCCGCUUUAUCAGAAAAUGUUACCGAGUGGAAAUGGUUCACCUCAUGCACCUCAAACAUCCCAAGGCAAUUUGAAUCCUCAAGAAUCACGACGACAGAAGCAUAAAGCUUCUGAGUGGAGCAGCAGCGGAGUACCUGUUUGGCUGGAUCCACAAUCAAGUGUGUCGAGACAGUUAUCUGGAUUACAGUCAAGACAGCAUCAUGAUGCAAGGCUUACCGGCAGUAUGGGUUCUCAAAACACCAGGUUAGAGUAUAGUAACAAAAAGCGUUUACUGAGAGAAACAAGUAGUCGUAGUGUAAUCAGAAGUGAUAGACAAAGGGAGUUCGAACAGAAGCUUGUGAUGAGUGGAACCUGUUUUGGCGAGAAGAUCAUUGCCAUGAUAGUUUCAGAGCCGAUACAAGUGAUGGCUAGUAGAUUUCCCGAAAUGACAGAGCAGUCUAUAGCAUAUUUAAAGAAUAUCGCAUAUGAAAUGAUGAUGCAUAAAGAUAAGUGUGGGCCAUUACAGAAAGUACUCCAGAAUAGGUCUGAUAUUACAUUGGAGACACUAUUAAAAUCCCAUCGUGUUCAGUUGGAGAUACUGGUGGCUCUUAAAACUAACGUGCAUGAUUUUCUUCAGCUUUCUAAUGACAUGCCUAUUUCUGAUUUAGCUGAUAUUUUUCUCAAUAUGAAAUGUCGAAACCCUGCUUGUCGUAGUCUGAUUCCUGUAAAUAAGUGUGAUUGCAAAAUCUGCUUGCAGAAGAAUGGGUUUUGCAGUGCUUGUAUGUGUCUUGUGUGCUCAAAAUUUGACAUGGCAUGGAAUACCUGUAGUUGGGUUGGCUGUGAUGUGUGCUAUCAUUGGUGUCAUACGGAUUGUGCACUAAGAGAAUCUUUUAUAAGGAACGGGCGGAGUGUCACUGGUGCUCAUGGAGGGACAGAGAUGCAAUAUCAUUGUGUUGCCUGUGAUCAUCCUUCUGAGAUGUUCGGCUUUGUUGAAGAAGUAUUCAAAACUUGUGCCAAGAAAUGGGAAGCCGGGACGUUUUCCAAGGAACUCAAACAUGUGAAGAGAGUCUUUGCUACCAGCAAUGAUUGGCGUGGGAGAAAAAUGCAUGACAUUGCCAGUCGGCUGCUGCCAAGACUGGAAAAUAAGUCCAGUCUUUCCGAGGUCUACAGUUUUAUUAUGAGGUUCUUGGCUGAAAUUGAUGUGAAGCUGAGCAACAGUUUAACGUUCUCUACAAGGGAACCACCCCUUAAAAACCCAGGAAAAGGGAGUAGCGGCGGGGGUCUCGGUCCAAUCCAAGAAGCCAAGUGGUUGGCAGCUUCUGCUCCUACUGAAACGGCUUCUCCUCGUGUAGAAACUGCUUCUAGGGCACAUGUAGUUGGGAGUAGAGAGGAUUGGAAUACUCAUAUGGAAUUGGGAAUUAAUGCUGAUAUGAACCCUAUCUUAGUUAAGUUAGAGAGCAUUCUGCGGAUUAAGAAGGCAGAGGCUAAGAUGUUCCAGGAACGAGCAGACAAUGCAAGAGAAGAAGCUCAAGGCCUAAAACGUGCUGCUAUUGCUAAGAAUGAAAAGUUAGAAGAGGAGUACAGUAGCCGCAUAACAAACCUGUGCUUGGUUGAAGCUGAGGAAAGACGAAAACAAAAGCUAGGAGAUCUUCAAGUUUUAGAAAGAGAACACCGCGAGCUCCUGGAUAGAAAAAUGAGGAUGGAAUCUGAAGCCAAUGAAUUGCUGUUACAGAUGAAAUCUACCAUAAGAAACCUUGUUCAUGGUAAUGGAAAUGAUACCAGUGCCUGAUAGAGCCUUCUCAGGGAUCACGUGAUACUUAUUAUUUAUUUUUUGAUGACAAGAUUUUACUUGAUACUUGUCGCCUUCUCAAGAAAACCGUAAAUAUUUCAACUACCAUGGACUUAAGUUUUUACAGGUGGAAGUUGUUCGCAUCUUUAAGUCUUCUUCAUCGCAUACACACACCGAUUCAGCUUUUCAGCUACCAUAGGUUAUAUUGUUCAGAUGUACUAUUAGUUUCAGCAGGGUAGAAAUCCUUUUCAUUAUUAACAAUGUCUGUACAGAAAAAUUUCACUUAUCGCCUUAAAUGUACUAUUUUGAUCUCUUUUACUCCAGCAUUAUGGAAGGAAAAUGUUCUUCUCACUGUUGUAUCCUGGUUCGUAACAUUUUAAGCAUUGUAUUUGAUUUUUGACACACGAAA